AUGCUGGGCGUCGAUCAAUCCAAGUAUGAUCGCAGUUUUCCCGUAGCCGACUUCGUCCGCCAGCACGCCUCCGCGGACCACUUUGGGGUAGUGACUCUGCCCUCUGCACGCCACAUCAGAGAUGGUAUGAACGACUCCUCAAUCUCCUGUUCGAUGAAAGGCUCCACGUUCUCACCCUCUUGCUUUAUCAUCCACCCCAAGGAAGGAGCUGUUCAGGCGAAGACUAACCGGAAUUCGGAGGGGUGCUCGCCGUUCCGCUCGCUCGGUUGUUCGCCAAACAAAACUUUGGGAAUGCGAAUUCUCGUGCAUCGAGAUAGUUGGGGACAAGCGCCAAUGGAAAGAGACGUCCUCCACGACAUUGUGCCCAAGAAGCCUGACAUACGCCUGGUGCAAAAGUGUCUGCACGUUGAGUGUGAUAUGGAAAUGCCCAACGUUUCAUCAUCGACGCAGUGGAAAAUCAAAAAAGCUGGGGCCUCAAUUUCAUACGUCGUUCGUACACGGCCGCGCCGUGGAAAUCCUCGUAAGCUUCACCUUCCCGGCUCAUCGCGGCCCAUAUCAUUUGAGGCUUUGGCGGUACGCAGGAAGGACAUGGUUCAGGACCCCUUUAUGCUGGUUUUCGUGCACGACGCAUUCCAGGUCUGGAAUAUCGAAAUCCGGAUACCUUCUGGAGUAACCAAGAAAAUUCUCGCAUCAGCGAUGGCGAGGACAUAG